AUGACGGAAAGUCAUAGUUUUUACACCUAUUUACCACACGACGCGCCUAAGCGUCUUCGUGGGUACAAAUAUCGCGGCGAAGAUCGUAGCUACAUAUACAAAUACCUUUGGAGUGCACUAUGUAGAUAUGCGGUUAAAUUUUUACCUCCUUGGCUAGCUCCCAACGUGAUUACUAUUACAGGUCUUGCAUUUGUAUGUAUUUCGCACGCUAUUUUGGCUUACUACAUGCCAAAACUCACGGCUAAGGACCCAAACUAUUUAUUUGAGAACGAGAUGAACAUGUCCUACCGAAAAGAAUUUAUUCCACAGCCACCGUCGUUGGUAUUUGUGCUAGUCGCAGCGUCCAUGUUCCUAUACCAAUUUCUGGACAAUUUGGAUGGUCAUCAAGCUCGGCGAACAGGCACUUCAUCGCCACUCGGCCUUCUUGUAGACCAUGGUUGUGACGCGUUCAACUGUAUCAUCUCAAGUCUCAGCAUCGCAGCAUCCGUUUCAGCUGGUCCUUGUUGGAAGACUUGGGUCAUUCUCCUUAACACUGUAACGACUUUCUUUAUGAACACUUGGGAGGAGUACUAUCGUGGCAUUCUAAUUUUGCCCAUUAUCAACGGUCCCAAUGAAGGCAUUUUGGUUGCUAUUUCUAUAUACCUAUGGACUGCAUGGAUUGGUGGGCCACAGUGGUGGUAUGAUAACACCAUCAAAAUAUCCGAGACGUGGUUACCAGAAGUUUUUCGACAGCCCGCGCCCGAUGCUGCUGUCGCCAUUGAACGUACUAUCAUCAGGUUCGUAUGCACCUUUCAGAGUUAUCUCUUUGGUUCUCAUGAGAACAGUACUUACUUUCCUUAUUUGCCUUUUAUCUUUCACUCCAAUUGCUCUGCGUCGUAUGUUGAGAAUCUGCCAAAACCGGUAUUGGUAGUAUUUAAUAAAGAUUUGUGCAUCUCGUGCGACGAGCAAAUAGUGACAUCGAAGUAUUGGAAAGGGCAUAGCAUGUUGCAGAGAAUGGUUCUUCGGCUCUACGACAUAGGAGGGCAUAAACUGAAGAUAAGAUAUAAUACCCUUAUGGUGUGGUUUAUGACCUUAGCUGCGAUUUGGACAUGCGCAGGAAACAUCUACCAGGUAUUCAAAGCUAUUAGGCGCCGCAUAUAUUUAAAUCAGCAAUGUAGCGGCAAAGAUUCUGGUAGCAUAGCUCAACUGAUGCCGGGUUUCUGGUUUGGACGUCAUUUUCCCUUUCUUUAUUCGCUCGUCGAGCUCUCCCCGCUAGUAGUGUUAGUCUUCAUGGCUAAUGUUUUUUUCUUUGCUUCGCAGGAAAAUAUAUUUCGUCAACACCCAAGAAUUUUUUGCUGGACAGUGGGGUUGCUCUUCACAAAGCUCACAGUUCAUCUUAUGUUGGCUCAUCUUUGCGGUAUCGAGUUUCAGCCAUUCCGUCGAACGUUUCUUCCUGUAUUUUUAUUCGGUCUUCACACCACUCUGACGUUCCUCCACGGUGAGGCUAAGUUGAUGCAAAAGCAGUCGGUCAGCACCUUGACCGAGACAUUUUUGAAUAACAAGAACAACCAAAUCAUCCCUUCGUGCCAAAUGGUGGGAGAACACUCCAGAUUCACAUAUAUAUUGGAUGAAAAUCUUAUUCUAUACGAAUUUUUUGCGUUAUCGGUGGUAACUUUUGCUCAUCUUGCAUGGAAUGCGGUCCGAGAAAUAGCUUCGGCUCUAAAUGUUCAGAUUUUUAGAGUGCCGUUAGAUAAGCAGAUGAUGUUGUGCCGACAAAUUGCAGACGGUAAAGCUCGUUCUAUUUCUAGUAAAAAAAACGUUUAA